AUGCUGAGGUGCGCCGCCUGCCGGAGCGAGCUCCGCGCGAGUGACUUCUCGGCCGCUCAGCGGAAGAAGGUUAGGCUCGGCACUGGCCGAUGCGCGGCGUGCGUGGAGGCAAACAAGGAGGUGCCGGCGGCACUCACGCUGCCGAUUGGAGCUGACGCCAAGUUAGUAGGGCUUGACCGUUGCCAGGAACUGAACGAUGCGGUCGUGACGGUGAUGAGCACGGUGGACGGCGAGCGGUACGAGGUUCGGACUAAGAGACCGGACAGCACCGGCAAGAUCCGAACCUUGGUUGUUCAUCCAAGCAGCAUCGUGGCCCUCUCCCUGUGUGCAGUCUGCGCAACGUUGGCGCCCAAGGCGACGAGUCUCGACUGCGACGUCUGCGGAAAGCUGUACUGCUCGGAGGAGUGCCAGCGCAGGGACCGCGACAACGGCCACGAUCGCGAGUGCCGUCACCGCAGCGUUCUCUUGGAGGCCUUCCGCGACCGCUCUCGGCGCCUCGGCGAUCUUCCGAGGACCUCAUCUUUGGUAGCCGGCGAGUUGCUGGACCGUCGCCUCACCUGUGCCUUUCUCAUUGCCGACCUGAGAGGGCAGCGCCACCCUGUACUCCUGCUCUCCUUCACGCGGCGCGAGGGCAAGGAGCCCCUCUGCCGCUGUGACACAGUCGAGCAGUCCGAGGUGCGCCCACUCUUUGUGCGCAUGCGAUUGGCUGCGGGCGAAUCCGGCAUCAUCAACACGGAGCGGAUCAUGGAGCGCAAUCGUGUGUUUGGCGAUAGCACCGCGCUCUGUUUUGAGAUGGCCCAGGGUUGCAGCCUCGAGAUGCGCGAGUACAGCGGCGGGUUGGUCUUUCAAACCACCAAGAGCAUCAAGUCCUUUGAUGAGAUUUGGGCCCAAUACCGGACCGACUUGCACUGGUUUGGCAUGCGAGGGCACAUCCGGUCAAUGGAGCCGUCCGAGCGUGCGCAGCAGAUCGCGGAGCUGGUUCGCGAAGGCAUCGGCGGGUACGCCUAUCGUCGCAUGUUGUGGCCGACUGGGCGCCCUGCGCCACCGCUGGCCGAGAGGCAACAGUGGGUGCGGCGCUUGGAGACGCUUGGCUGGUUAGACACCCCGGAGAACACGCGGGAGACCGUCCGCCAGACCGGGAAGCGUUUGCCCGACGAGUACGACCAAGUCGAGGCGGACCUCGCCGCUGUCCGUUGCCGGCGUCGCCGCUCCGGAGGCGCGAGCGACGAGGCGCGCGUGAUCGCCAAGGCCGGGGCGCUCCGCCAUGACGGUGAGCAGGCCAUGAACAGGGGCCGAGCGGCCGUUGCGCUCGACCGCUACCAGCAGGCGAUCGAGCUCCUCCAAUUUGCGUCUGAGCCUGCUGCGUUGACGUCGCUGGUGCGCAGCAUGUGCUUGCGCGCCGAGGCCUUCUGCACUAUGGGGAGCGUUAGCCAAGCGCUGGAAGAUGUUGAGGACGCGUGCGACAUCCUCUCUCACCGUUCUCUCGAGGCGCACUCGCACGCAGCCCUUGUGGCUGAGCUGGAGAGGGUCCGGAGACGUGCCGUAGACGUCGAGGCCGCUGCGGAGAUAGAGCGGGAGGAGCGGCAACGGCUGGAGGCACGCGCUGUGGCGGCGCAGGAGGCGGCGCAGGAGGCUCGCGUGGCAGCGCGGCGCGCAGAGGCUCAGAGGCGGAGGGAGGCGGCCGAGACGAGACGGGCGCGUCGAGCGGAGCUCCGGGCGAGGGCAGAGGCGACGGCGCCUCGUGCGUCGACAUCGGAGGGCGGAUCGGACGAUGCUCAGGCGGCAACCGCAGUGCCGGCAGAGGACGAGGUGGAGGAGUGCUGCAUAUGCAUGGAGGCUGGAGAAAUGCCGCAGUGCAAGCCGUGCGGGCGGCACUCCUUGCACGUCGCUUGUGUGAUGGCGUGGCGGCAGCAGUGCCGAAGUCGCGAUCGAGAGCCAACCUGCCCGACCUGUCGGGAGCCCAUUUGA